GUUGGCACGGGAAAGAUUGAAAGUGACACACAGAUUGUUUUGCGCGAAAUUGUGACUGUUAUAUCGAGAUUUCUUUAGUUAACACCUUCUCUUUGUCGCAGACAUUGUGAUUUCGGUCUGUUUUUCUUUUGCUUGAGCAACUUGGUUGUUUUGCCUGUUGUUCACUUGAACAUUUUCCUUAUGAUGCGUUUUGCGUUUUCCUUGUUCCCGCCGGCGAAGAAGCCACGAGUUCAGAAGAGGACCGAUUUGUGGCUCGGCCGUGUCUAACCGGGGACGACAGGACACAACGUGCGAUCAAACGACUCCAACUGGCCGGUUGACACGUUUCUCUGCGCCGSGAGACGCAGCGGCUCGAACUCCAGCACGAUCCCCGCGCACUCAGCAAGCAAACCUCGACGCACUGGUCUCGAGCGAAAGAGACACACUCUCUCUCUCUUUCUCUCUCUCUCUCGCUCUGAGGCGAACACCACUCUCAACCCCACUCUCACACAGACAAUAAACCAACGCACAUUGUCUACCUUUGUCUCCCAUCUCUCUCAUUUCUGUCGGACUCGCUCACAUCCAGCGCUUGGGGCACGAAGUUGUGUCCAGCAGCACAGACUCCAGCCGAUCUCUGCCGGUCGUGGACCCGACGCAGCCCAGCCCUGGAUUCAAUCAUUUUAAUCAAUGGACAGAGCCUCCUCAACGGCCAGCAGAGGUACAGACACCCCAUAAACAGCCCUUACCCUCUGGCAGUAGCCCCACCUGGUGGUUGGAGGGGGAUGGAGCGUGGUGGCGGGGAGAGCCCCCGCAUGCAGGACAGUCCUGAGCGGGAGCGGCGGGGGGGCAGCCCGGACCUCAGUGGACCCCCGCCAGGGAAGAUGGGGCGUUUGGAGCUCAACGGGAGCCCCACUGGGCCACGCCUCCUACGCCACAACGGCCACCCACACAGACCUCUGGGAGGUCUGAUGAUCCCAGUGUUCUGUGUGGUCGAGCAGGCAGGGCCUGACGGAGGGAUGCAGCGUGAACGAGAGCGUGAAGAGCUGGAGAGGAAGGAGGGACACAGAGAGGAGCAUGCUGAGUUUGUCCUGGUCAGGAAGGAUAUCCUCUUCAACCAGCUUGUGGAGACAGCCCUGCUGGCCCUGGGGUACUCCCACAGCUCAGCAGCUCAGGCCCAUGGCAUCAUCAAGGUGGGUCGUUGAACCCUCGCCCAUCCAUUCCUAUCAGAUGCUCCUGAAGCCACGGUGGCUGAUAUGUUGCUGGACGUCUAUCACAUGGUCACCCUCCGCAUCAGCUACAGAGGUGUGAGUGUCUUUGCCAAGCUGGAGGACCUUCCGUCAGAGCAGUGGAACCACGCYACGGUGAGGAACGCCCUCAAGGAGCUUCUCAAGGAGAUGAACCAAAGCACACUGGCCAAGGAGUGCCCCCUCUCACAGAGUAUGAUUUCCUCAAUAGUAAACAGCUCCUACUAUGCCAAUGUCUCCACUGCCAAAUGCCAGGARUUUGGACGCUGGUACAAGAAGUACAAGAAAAUCAAAGGAGAUUAUCUGGAGAAGAUGUGGCCAGGAAGAGAUCAUUCAGAAAUCAAAGGUGAGGAAUCCACUGUUUGUACUGUUUCUAUGAUUGAAGUUAGAAUGUGGCCCACUAUGUUAGACCAGCAUCACACUCAUCUCCCCCUCUUCCUUCCUUCCUUCCUUCCUUCCUUCCUUCCUUCCUUCCUUCCUUCCUUCCUUCCUUCCCCUCCCCUCCUUCAGCCUCUCCUCGGCCCAGGCGGGCUUCUCCCCCAGCUUAGCCCUCAGCUUGUCCGACAGCAGCUAGCCAUGGCUCACCUCAUCAACCAGCAGCUCGCUGUUAACCGCCUGCUAGCCCACCAGCACCCACAGGCCCUCAACCAGCAGUUCCUCAACCACCCUCCCAUCCCUCGGCCCUCCAAGGCAGGGGUUGGGGACCCCGGGAACAACCCAUCUGCUGCGGAAGUCUCCACUGAUAUCUACCAGCACGUCAGGGACGAACUAGAGAGCAGCGUCUCACAGGCUGUGUUCGCUCGCGUGGCCUUCAACAGAACACAGGGCCUGCUGUCGGAGAUCCUGCGGAAGGAGGAGGACCCUCGCUCUGCCUCUCAGUCCCUGCUGGUCAACCUCAAAGCCAUGCAGAACUUCCUCAACCUCCCUGAGGGGGAGAGAGACGCGUAUUACCAGGAGGAGCGUGAGCCGCAGCAUGAAUCCCCCCCUUGUUCCCUGCCCCCUACCCCUACCUCCAGCCCCGGGGGCCCCCGCCUCUCACAGAAGGUGUGGGAGAGAGGUCUGGACGAACAGCUCACUCCUGAUGCCUGGGCUUCUAUCUGGAAGAAUAAGACCAAAAUCUCCAACUCUCCCAAGCCGCCAUGCCUCAACCCAGACCUGCCCCUGAAGCUGGAGUCUCUGGUCAACAUCACGUCAGGUAUCUAUGAUGAGAUCCAGCAGGAGAUGAAGAGGGCCAAGGUGUCUCAGGCGCUGUUCGCCAAGGUGGCUGCCAACAAGAGCCAGGGCUGGCUGUGUGAGUUGCUGCGGUGGAAGGGAGACCCUAGCCCAGAGAACCGUACUCUGUGGGAGAACCUGUGUACCAUCCGGAGGUUCCUGACCCUGCUCCAGACAGACGAGAACCUGGUGUAUGAAGAGGAAUCCAGGCACCACCACAGGGAGGCUGAUACUGUACUACACCUGCCCCAAGAACCACAGGCACUGCACAGACAACCCCCACAACCCCUGAAGGACCAGUCCCCGAUGCGCGAGGACCCCAUGCCCCUCCAGGGUAACGAUGAAGAGUCCCAGAAUGUUGAAAGAGUCAGUUCAGGAGUCGGUGGUGGCGUGGUCAUUAAGAAGCCUCGGUCGCGCACUAAGAUCUCACUAGAAGCUCUGGGCAUCCUGCAGAGCUUCAUCCAGGAUGUGGGUCUUUAUCCGGACCAAGAGGCCAUCCACACUCUGUCAGCCCAACUGGACCUGCCCAAGCACACCAUCAUCAAGUUUUUCCAGAACCAGCGUUACCACGUCAAGCAUCACGGCCGGCUGAAGGAGCUGGGGGAGGGGGCCGGUGGUGUGGACGUCAGCGAAUACAGAGACGAGGAGCUCCUCUCCAGCUCAGAGGACCCUGAGUCCAGCGAAGACGGUCAUGAGGAGAUGUACCCCACUACAGAGAGGGAAAGAAGGGGAAGCAACCCAGCAGGGUCAGCCCCUGCCCUGGCACCAGCCCAGCCUUCAGGGACCAGCAUGGGGGCCAUGGAAGAGGGCAAGGACAAAGGGCAUUCUCAUGGUCUGAGUGGGGGCCGAGCCAGCUCCCUGCACCCUGGUAGCUCCUCAUCCAGCCCCAGAGAGCAGGCUGACUUCCAGAGAUAGAGACCCAGAGACCAGAGGAGAUGCAGAAAGAGAGUGAGAGCGAGACAC